CCCUGCUGCGGUGUCUUUCCAAAUCUUAAAAACUGCGCCGCGGGUGUUCCACGACCUCGAGCGCCGGCUGGCUGACGUCAGCAGCACGGGGGCCAAUCCGCACGGGCCGAGCGCUAUAAAAGAUCACCUACCCCCUUCAUAUCAGAUGGAAAAGGAAAGAAAGGUCUGAUUAAAGGAUAGUAAAGAAACACCUUCUCCUGCAGCCGCCCCUGCGCCCUCAGAGCCUCGGACAGCACGGUGCAACAGUCCACUAAACCUGCCCAGAUUCUUCAGAAAAGCUCUUUUUCCUCAGAAUGGCACUCCUCAGUCUUCCCUUCCUGGGGCCUAUCUCCGUGUCGGAGAGCCUGAUCGCCAUGGUGACGCUCUGCAUCGUCUACCUUCUCCUGCGCCUCCUCCGCAAGGACAUCCCUGCCGGGCUGCGCCUCCCUCCGGGGCCCAAGCCCCUCCCCAUCAUCGGCAACGUGCUGGAGCUGGGAGCCAACCCCCACCUGAGCCUCAGCAGGAUGAGCCAGCGCUACGGCGAUGUCAUGCAGAUCCAGAUCGGCAUGCGGCCGGUGGUGGUGCUGAGCAGCUACGAGACGCUGCGCCAGGCCCUCAUCAAGCAGGGCGACGACUUCGCCGGGCGGCCCGACCUCUACAGCUUCCGCUUCAUCAACGACGGCAAAAGCCUGGCCUUCAGCACCGACCACGCGGGUGUGUGGCGCACCCGUCGCAAGCUGGCCCUGAACGCCCUGCGCUCCUUCUCUGUGCUCGAGGGCACGAGCGCCGACUACUCCUGCGCCCUGGAGGAGCACAUCUGCAAGGAGGCCGACUACCUGGUGCGGCGGCUCAGCGUCGUCAUGGAGAACUGCGGCAGCUUCGACCCCUUCCGCCACAUCGUGGUGUCGGUGGCCAACGUCAUCUGCGGCAUGUGCUUCGGCCGCCGCUACAGCCACGACCACGAGGAGCUGGUGCGCCUGGUCAACCUGAGCGACGAGUUCGGGCGGGUGGUGGGGAGCGGCAACCCAGCAGACUUCAUCCCGCUGCUGCGCUUCCUGCCCAGCCAGGCCAUGCGCUCCUUCCUGGACAUCAACCGCCGCUUCAACGUCUUCGUGAAGAGGAUCGUCGCGGAGCACUACAACUCCUUCGACAAGAACAACAUCCGUGACAUCACGGACUCUCUGAUUGACCACUGCCAGGAGAAGAAACUGGAUGAAAACUCCAACAUUGACAUUUCUGAUGAGAAAAUCGUGGGCAUCGUCAAUGAUCUUUUUGGAGCAGGGUUUGACACCAUUAGCACUGCACUCUCCUGGUCUCUCAUGUACUUGGUGGCCUAUCCUGGAAUUCAGGAAAAGAUCCAGAAAGAGCUGGAUGAGAACGUGGGCAGGGAGCGCGAAGUCAGGCUGUCGGACAAGCCCAUCCUUCCCUACCUGGAGGCCUUCAUCCUGGAGAUGUUCCGGCACUCCUCCUUCCUGCCCUUCACCAUCCCGCACUGCACCACUAAGGACACCGUCCUCAACGGCUUCUACAUCGCCAAGGAUACCUGUGUCUUUAUUAACCAGUGGCAGAUCAACCAUGACCCAAUCACGUGGAAGGACCCCUCCUCCUUCAGCCCAGAGCGCUUCCUGGACGCUGAGGGCAUGACUGUGAACAAGAUGGAGGCGGAGAAGGUGAUGGUGUUCGGGAUGGGCAAGCGGCGCUGCAUUGGGGAGUCCAUCGGGCGCUCCGAGGUCUUCCUCUUCCUGGCCAUCCUCCUGCAGAAGCUCACAUUCCACAGCCUCCCCGACCACGAGCUGGACAUGACGCCCGAGUACGGCCUCACCAUGAAGCACAAGCGCUGCCACCUGCGUGCCAGCCUGAGAGUGCGCGCGGAGUGAGCUCCUUGGCGGCCGUGGAGCCCGCAGUGCACCUCGCCGCGCUGGGAGCGAUGGCUGUUCCGUGUCUAGCUGUUCCUGGAGGUUGAUAGCGUUGAGCUGCUGACGCAGCGGUCUGGCUUUCAAACAGGAGCUAUGUGUCUUCGACUUGAGACUAGAAUGCCAGAAGAAGCCAAUACAAAGUACACAACAGAUUUCUUAAAUUGUAAAGGGCUGCUUUUCAAAAGAAAAGCCAAAAUGUAAUUGCAAGCAACUGUGUGAGAAUUAAUUCUAACUGAAGCUCCAGUUGACUUGAAUCUGAACUUCCAAACCAGUUCUCAAAAGAAAAAUAACUUUAUAGUUUCAGUACAGCAGGAGGUCUGUAAGAAUGUGUGAAAGCUGACUUCAGAGAUGGCUGAUCAGUUUGUAGUGACUUAUCUCAUUCUGUAUAUGAGUGGUUCCAUCAGGUAGAACUGAUGGGGAAAAAUAAAAUUAAAAACAGAUGUCUGCCUUCAAAAGUGUAUAAAAUGGAACCCAUCUGUAAUUAUUACUCUGAUAUUUAAAUGUUGAAACUAGGGAUUUUUAGCUUUGUAGGAAUUGCUGUAAAUCUCUUAUUUGGUUUUUGCUCCUUUAUCAGAAAUAACUCAUCAAAAGAGUUCUGUGCUGCCUCAGAUCAAAAGCUUCCAGUUUGUGCGCAUUUCUAAAACUGCUUUGCACCAGUUUCAAUGUUGUUGUCUUAUUCCUCUUGUUAUGAUAGGUAAGGGGAUAUUUUCAGUUUUUAAUCUGAAUUUAGGUCUUAAAUCAAAGUUGCAAAUGGAUUUUCAUUGUAUUCUUUAUUUAGUUGAAUACGUUUUGCUACUUGUAUCCAAACGCAGAUUUAUGGCACGUGAUUUGCUUUUUGCCUUUACACCGGUUUGUAACCUGUUCUGGUGAUGUGGAAGAGCUUUGUUAUUCGGUUGUCUGUAAUUGUAUACAACUCAAAGUUAAGCCCCAGAAACAAUGGACACUGUAUAGGAAAUAUACUUUGUGUCUUAGGCGCCUUUCGAACAAAUCUUUUUUUUUUUAACCUGUAUAUGUAGAAUGUAGAGUUAUUUGUGAAAGAUUCAAUAUUGACCACAAGUGUCACACUAGCCAUCCCAGGUUUGAGGUCUCUCGUCUUUUUUGCCAUAUAUUUAUAUGUGGAGUAACAUAUUGAUGCUUUGUCUGCCAGGAGGGGCAUUUAUCCCAGAAUGUGACAGUGUACUUAACCAAACAACACUUACCUAUUUAAGGGCUUUUACAGGUCCUGAACAAAAUAUCAGUUUUUGUACAUGUAACAAAUUGUGGGAUGAGGGACUGAAUUAUACUGUACCUUAUUGACUUAAAAAUAGCUUUUAUUAUUUUCUGUCUAAAAACAUAUUCUAGCCAAUUGUACAGCCAUUUGUAUUGUUAACAGGUGUAUCUGUGAAUUUUAUUACGCAAUCAUGAAGGACCUUUUUCCAAGCUGUUGCAGUUACGCUGAUCUUGUAGAACAAAAUAUAUGCAAGUUAUGGUAAUUUCUUUUUAAAUGAUUUUGGUUUGUGCUUGCUUAUAUCAAGCUAUUUUCUCUCAUUCAUGUAUCAAGCUUACAGCAUGUAUAAGAGGAGUUCCUGUUUUUUUAAAAACAUUUAAUCUCUGUGAGAUAAUAAAUGGGAUAAAGUAAUAAAUUGGAUGGAAAUAAUAAACCUUUUGAACAUGAA